UCACACUACUCUUCGGGUGCCUAACUAGUUCUCCGCGGCUUAGCGCAGAGAGCUUUUAGCCGCAGUCGCAUAUAAAAACAAGUUCUGCGUUAAACGCAGCUGUGCGCCGUUGGCCGUUUGGUAUGCGUGACGCUGGACUGGGCACAUCAAUUCGAAAGCCUUACGAUUUUGCAUUCUUAAUAUCGAUGCAUGUGUUCAAAAGGAAUUCGCAUUAGUAACAACUUUCUACCGAAUACGCAAACUACACUUGGAAGACAAGCGCAGGAGUUAAAAUAAAUUCUACUAAACCAUGGAUUGGGUGGAAGGAGACUUGGUGUGGUUCGAUCCCGGGGUAGGGCACCCUAUACCUGGCGAAAUUCAAGAGGUGCACCGUGCGGCGCAAGUGAUUGUCGUACAGGCACUCAUCAAGGGAAAGCCGCAAACAUUUGCACUGCAGCCAGGCGAGGGUAAUCUACGACCGCGACAAGAUCUCGGAAGUACUGGCGUUGAGGACAUGACUAUGUUGGAAGAUUUGCAUGAAGCUUCAUUGCUGUGGAACUUGCGGCUUCGUUACGACAAAGGCCUUAUUUAUACGUUUGCAGGCAGUAUUCUGAUUGCUGUCAAUCCAUACAAAAUGUUUCCCGACUCAUACGGACUAGAAGUGGCUAAGAAAUAUGCUGGCAAACCGUUGGGCACAAUGCCACCCCAUCUUUUUGCCAUAGGCGCAGCUGCACAUGCCGCAUUGCCGUUGCCUCAAGUCGUGGUAAUAUCGGGAGAAUCGGGUUCUGGUAAAACCGAAUCUACAAAGUUGGUGAUGCAGUACUUGGCUGCUGUGGUGCCGGGAGGGGGUUCCGCGUCAGCCGUCAUUGCUGAACAAAUACUAGAAGCUGCACCUUUGCUAGAGGCCUUUGGCAAUGCGCGUACAGCUCGUAACGACAACAGUUCGCGUUUCGGUAAAUACCUGGAAGUUUACUUUAAAAACGGCGCAAUUGUAGGCGCAAAAAUUACACAAUAUCUACUGGAGAAGUCACGCAUUGUAACUCAGGCGCCUGGGGAGCGGAACUACCAUGUUUUCUAUGAGAUGCUCGGUGGCUUGUCGGAGACUGAACGUACCAAAUAUGGUUUGCUUGAAGCAGAUAAAUAUUUCUAUUUGAAUCAAGGUGCUACUGACUGUGCACCGGGACGUGUGGAUUGGGAUUCCCUCCAAAGUGCCAUGCAAGUCUUAGGCGUUACUGAAGGCGAACGGGAGGGUAUUAUUCGAGUGCUGGCAUCGGUACUGCAUCUAGGAAAUGUGUACUUUCAUCGCCGACAGCUGCGUCAUGGCCAAGAGGGUGUAGAAGUAGGCUCUGAUGCUGAAAUCAAAUGGGCGGCUCAUUUGUUGCACAUUUCCGCUGAGGGACUUCACAGAGCAUUGACUAGUCGCAUAACGGAGGCGCGAUCAGAACGUCUGCAUACUCCGCUCGGUAUUGAUCAAGCACUUGACUCUAGAGACGCCUUCGCUAAGGCUUUAUAUUCUGGACUAUUCAAUUGGCUGGUGUCGCGCAUAAACUCCAUUGUGCAGAAAGGUGGCACACACGAUGCACAUCGUAUAUCAAUUUUGGAUAUUUUUGGCUUCGAAGAUCUGGCGGAGAACUCUUUUGAGCAGUUGUGCAUAAAUUAUGCAAAUGAAAAUCUUCAAUUAUACUUUAAUAAACAUGUAUUCAAGCUAGAGCAAGCUGAGUACUCGCGAGAACGGCUGGAGUGGACCCCGCUUACGUGGGAUGAUAAUUUGCCGGUUAUUCAUUUAUUGGCUAAAAAACCCGUAGGAAUAUUCCACUUGCUUGACGACGAAUCCAAUUUUCCACGCGCAACCGACAUGAGCUUCUUGGAAAAGUGUCACUACAAUCAUGCUCUAAACGAGUUGUAUUCUCGGCCUCGUAUCGGUGCCCAAGAAUUCGGCAUAACUCACUACGCUGGCCAAGUGUGGUAUUGCGUAGAUGGGUUUCUGGACAAAAAUAGAGAUGCUUUGCGAGGCGAUGUGCUUGAGUUGUUGGCCUCAAGUAAACUGCAGUUAGUUGUCGAUUUGACGAAGCAGUUAAGAGCUCAAAGGGAUUCUGGCAAAACUCUUCCCAAGGGAAGCAAUGGACGCUUCGUAACCAUGAAGCCACGUACUCCCACCGUUGCGGCUAGAUUCUCAGACUCACUGCAGCAGCUUCUUCAAUCUAUGGGUCGCUGCAAUCCAUGGUUCGUGCGGUGCAUUAAGCCGAAUAACGAAAAACAUGCGUUGAAAAUGGACAUGCCAUGUGUUCUACAACAGCUGCGCUACCUUGGAAUGCUCGACACCAUUCAAAUCAGACAAAAAGGCUACCCAGUUCGCUUGAAAUUCCAGCAUUUUGUUGAGCGUUACCGUCACCUUUUGCGAACACCCCUACCUCGGGGUACACCAUAUCGGGAGUUAUGUCGUAUUCUACUGGAAUCUCUACCGCGAACAGGUAUAGAAGGACCCGACUUUCAACUAGGUGCGACACGUGUAUUCUUACGAGAAGCUCUGCAUCGCAUGCUAGAAAGCGGACGUUCGGAUCGUCUUAAAUCAGCGGCGGUUGUUAUACAAAAGAACGUUCGAGGAAUGUUGGUGCGUCGGCACUUAGCCCGCAAAAAGAAAGCUGCGAUAAAGAUCCAGUCAAAGUGGCGUGGUCACCGUGAAAUGAGGAAAUAUACAUCGCUUAGGAAAAGCGUUGUCCAGGCGCAAUCGCUGUGGCGUGGUAAAAGGGAUCGAAAGAGAGUUGCUAAACUUAAAGCCGAGUAUAAGCGACGAUUGGAAGCACAAAAAGCACAAAAGGAACGCGAGGCCAAAAGGCUAGCUAAGGAACACAUUGAACGUAGUCAAGUGGCCUACUUAGAUAUACCAGCGGAAUUGGCUUUUAUAUAUUCAAAGAUAGAUGGCUGGACGCCGGUACAUGGCGACCGGCAUCUUGUUAAAGUAGUUGGCACCGUACCAGGACCGCCGGUUGCUGGAGAUCUGCCAAGGGAUUUGGAUCAGUUCUCAUUUGGAAAGUUCAGCUCAGUAUACUGCAAUGGAUUGCGUUUAUCACCACGUCGUGAACCGAUUACCACACCAUUUCUCACCAGAGCUGCGUCCAGAGACCAAGAUUUCCAAGAUUCUCUGGCAGUAUUCAAAUUGAUACUUCGUUGGACGAAUGAUAAAUCCCUCGAUGGAAAUAAGGAGAAAGUUUUAUCGGAUUAUAUUGUACACAAAGGUCUGUCUUCUCGUGGAUUACGUGAUGAAAUACUGGUACAACUAUGCAAUCAAGUAUAUAAUGCAGAGGAAUCUAACUCGCAACGUAUAUGGCAGUUGAUGGCGCACUGUUUGUCAUGCUUUCAGCCGGGUCCUGCUUUUAGUAAAUAUCUGAUGAAGUUUAUUAUGGAUAACGCCCCAUCUUCCAUGAAGGAGCUCCUUUUGAAGAAGAUUUUGCGUAAUUCCAGUAAUACGCAGGCAAACGCCUGUCGAAAUUUUGUACCAUCAUGGGUAGAGUGGCGGGCUAUCUCGAAAAUGUCCGAUAUUGCGGUAUCUCUGACAUUGCCAGACGAUGUUUCACAAACAGUUGCUAUAGAUUCAUGGACAACUUGCGAGGAGGCGGCUUCGUUGGCCAUCUCAACACUCGGUAUAUCAAAUCGUGGCUGGACUGUUGUUUUAGACGAUGGAAAGUUGGUAACUGAUUCUUGUGGAUUAGAUUACGUUUUAGAUCUUAUAUCGGAAAAAGAAUUGUGCCCAGCUUUUCCUGCAAUACGCAGUGAUCUUAUGAAAACCGGCGCAAAGUUUUUGCGAACAAGCAUCCCUGAACCCGAGCCAAGUAGCCCAAAGAGGCCACAGGUUCCACCACCGGAGCCUCCUAAAGCCAAGACAAGUUCGGCGAGAGAAUCGCCUAUAGCCGAACCGCAAAUUGAACCUCCAGUAAGGAAGACAUCACGAGAUUUAUUGUCCAGAAGCUCGGUUCUUAACGAACGAUAUUUCGAACAAGAAAAGACGCGAUCGAAGUCAUUAGAUGACCUAUUAGCCGGAGAUAUUGCUGAUUUAGAUCCAACACCUGAACCUGAACCGCUAACGAACCUUGGGCUAUCUGAAAGUCGUCUUAAUGAAAGAUACCACUCUGCAGAGCGUUUGGCCCCCAUGGGAAAAGAAACUGCUCCUAGAUAUCAAAAAUCUCAGAAUGCUGGCCGUCGAUCGCACGCUGGAUCUCACUCCAGCAAAUAUAUGGACAAGUCCGAAUAUGCAACCCGUUCAUCGGCAAUGUCUGAUACGAGCGAAGCACCGUCGCUAGCUUCACAUGUACGACGAGUGCGUGUGCCAUCACAAGCUUCUGAUGUCGAUCAAUUUCUCGAUGAUUUAUUUAGUCCCGUUUUGGAUGGUUCUCUAGAUGAAUUAUCAGAUGCAAGGUCAUUGGCUGCAAGCAUAAGAGGAGGCGGACAACCAUUUACAGAGGAUUCUGUAUUUAACUCUGACAUCUGUGACUUUUUGGAUGCACCAAAUGCAGUGCAUGACUCAGUCAACCUAUUUACAAAUGUGAAUGCUCUCUGUAAAAAAAUUAAGGGAGGCGGAGAAAAAAAGGAUGCUAAAGAUGAAUCGUCUACGGAUAAUUUAGAUGAAUACAUAACGGGUUUGUUCAAACCGAUAUUCAUCAACGAAGCCGUAAACACCUUAACAAAGCAAGCCGAGUUAAUAGAAAUCAUCAAAGGUGGUGGAACCACGCACACCCAAUCAACAUCGAAUGCCAGUUUCGUUACAUCACCAGUUGUUAGCCCAAUAAGUCCAUUAAUUUCAAAUGCUGAUAAUAUAAUGCAAAUGAUUAAUAUUCCUCAAGAUGCUGAUCCGAAUGUAUACCAGCAACAGGUUCAACGAGCCUUUUUGCAAUCAGCGAUGGCACAAAAUUUACAAAUUCAACAACAGUUGUUAGCACAGAAUCAGGCACUGCAAACAUUGCUUAGUCAACAAGAUGCACCAACAGGCACAACAUCACCCCCUCUAGUACCCGUUCUGACAACAGUUCAGCAAACCAGUCAUUCAACCAAUACCAUUGCAACAAAAGUAAAUAGUUCACCAAUAGCAAAUCAGAAUAAUGUGCGUAAGCAAAGUGUUAAGAACCGAAUAUCUCAGUUUUCAGAGAACGAUAGAAAUAGAAAAGCCUCCUCGGAAAGUGGAGGAUCGCUAAUACCACCACCACCACCUCCUCCAAUGCCGCCACCAAUAGAAGCCAAAGACCCCUCCGAAACUCGACAUUUUCUGGAUCCAUACGGUCGAGCAAAGACAGUGCGAAUAGGAAAAUGGCGUUGGCCUCCGCCACAAGACGCACCACAAUUUGAGACUGAGGAGGACUUUUUUGCAUUCAAAAUGCGACAAUCGCAACGAAAAACCACACCUCAAUCUCAAUUUCACAGCAGUAAUGGCUCACUAACUGGCUCGGCAAUGGAAUGGGAGGAAUUUGAAAUCGAUACUUCUAAAAGCCCAUCUCCCACUUCCAAUGUGCCACCAACUCAUGCUCAAAUGGUACGAACCACACUGAAAAUUGAAACAACUGGCGGAAAAAUGGCUACUAAAGAAUUAUAUGAACAACAGCAACAACAAACAGUAAUUACAACAAAGUUGGCUAAAAAGAGUUUCGAGAUCGGUGCUGAGCGGCCGCCGCCAGGUAGCGUUGGAAAACUUAAAUUAAGUUCAGAAAUGCGACAACGACUCGAACAAGUUACCGCUGGACAUUCGGUACGAUCUACAGUUAGCACGAAGUCCGAGCAGAGAACCCCAGCAAAGCUAGAGGACACAAGGAAACUUAUGCUGCAACAGCAAUUGAGUGGACAUUUUCUGAGUAUGGAGAGCAAGCAUGAUCAAGACUUGCCUUCAGUCCGUACACAAAUCGAGCGAAUGGAAGGUAAACUCUCACCACCACCCACAUGGCCAGCUAUUGUGCCUCCAGCUCCAAGUGUUCCAGCACCACCACCACCCAUACGACCUCCAACAAUCGCGCCACCAGCGCCACCGCCAGCACCUAAAACCCCACCCACAACUCAUGAACUGGAAGCAGAUGAUGUUAUCUUCCGAAGUCAAAGUGGAAAGGACAUCCCGGCAUUCAUACAACGUCAGGAUCGUGACACAUUCGGAGCUCGCCACAAUUGGAAUGGCUCCGAUGACUCAAAAGAGGCCUAUGACUCUUGGGGACGUGCUGAAGCGGCCAAACUAGAUAUGGUGUACGAGACCAGCUUCAAAAAAGAAAUGAAAUCUGAAAGGGAACGAUCCAGAUCACGAUCGCGCUCUCGCGAUCGCGAUGAUUUCUCUGAGUCUGUUUGGGAUCGAGCCGAAGUAGAGGGUCCUUCAUCCAGCGGUAGUGAUCGAGAAAGAGAAAAAGAACGUGAAAAACGAGAACGCGUAUACGAAAUCCGACAAGUUGAACGUGAAAAGGAAAGUAAUAAAGUGUAUCAUCCAGCUCCUCCCAAGGUCAUUACAGCUACGGUUCAACGAGCGGAUGGGCCAUCUACAGUUGCCAAAAUGGAACGCAAAUUCUCUCAGCCCACACAACACUCAAUACAUAAACAAACAACAACGAAUUCUACUAGCAUGAGCUCUACUUCCACCACUGCUCCCGCCACAUUCCGCACACAUAUGGCGCAAAAGUACGAAAAGGAACGUAAACGAAAGUCAUCCGCAUCCACAGUUCUGUCUCAAAGCUUACGCCGCGACGAGGAGACAGAUGGCGGCGACGAAUGGCCAUUACCAGCUAUACCAGCUCCUGUACCAGCCCCGCCUUCUAUUAAGAGUCCAGCGACCGCUUGUUUCACAUAUAACAGGGUGCCAUGGAGAUUACGCGUUCGCAAAGAAGUAUUCCAUCCCAAUGAACCGAUAGGGCCGCCUCUUGCUUUAGAUUUGCUCUUUGCACAGGUGGUAUCCGACGUUUUCGGCAUAACUCCCUGUCUACGCAUUUCGCCACAAGAGAAAUCCGUUGCAUUGAGCAUGUUGAACGGACAUGGCGUAAACGUCGAGACCUUGCGUAGCCAGAAUAUCAGAGCAAUAGUCAAGCGCCACUUGAUCGAUAUGGCACGCAGUUGGCCACUCUAUUUUGCCCGUCUAUUUGCAGUGCAAGGUGCGCCGCAGUACCCCGACGUCUCCAUAAUGGGCAUUUCACACAAUGGACUUUACUUGGCGCGCCGUGAUGCAGAAUAUCUGAUUGUUGUGCAAUCCAUAUCACUAAAUGAAAUUCAAAACGCAAUCACGUUGCCGCGUCCAGCUUCCCUGCAACUCAAUUUGCGUAGCGGUGAACAUUUGGCUCUGCAUGCAGCCCGAGCAGCUUCAAUUCAGGCGAUGAUUACAACUUUCGUACAAGAGUUCCGCAAGAGCCAAUCGAAAGCUUCCACCUUGUCUUCGGGUGCCCGUGCAGCUGCUCAAACACUAAAUGUCCCCAUCGAACGCCUGGAAUCGCGCCAAUCGAACCAUCGUGAACAUGGAAACGCGGUCAAUAGCCAUAACGGUAUGGCAGCAAUGAACUCUUCGAGCGGACAUGAACCUCAUUUGGAAAAGUCCGUUGGUCUGCAACAUGGGCGUCACAGUGCCGACACGGAGGUCGAUGUCCACCAUGACGCGCACCAUUUGCUGGACAGUGAGGCCGAUUCUAUGAUCCCAAAUGCGAGCACACACACGGAGGCGCAAAAGGAACGCCAUCAGUAUACAAAGCAGGCGAGUUACCUGCAUUCAGCGCGCAAAACAUCCAGCAGCCAGCAGCAAAUGCAGCAACAGCCCCAGCAACCGCAACCGCAACCCCAACCGCAACAACAACAUCAACAAAUGCUUGCUCACAAUCAUGCUGCGAUGCCACAUCAUCUUGAUGCUAACUACAUGACGGAGGAACCCAAUGGCAGCGGCGGCCCCUCGCCGUCCGUCACUAAAUAUUCUCUUCUUCAAUUCGCCAUGCAGCACUUCCGAAACGAUCAGUAUCCUGAAGUUCGUGCGCACACCCGCGAUCCAACUCGAGACCACGGCGAUCGCCGGAUUCCUUCAUAUGCGGAUCUUGUGAAAUGGCAAGGCAUCCCCAUUCGUAUGCCACUGCUGCGGUUGCCCAAUGACUUAGCUCCUUUAGCGCUCGAGUGCUUUGAAUGUAUUUUGCGUUAUUGCGGUGAUAUACCACACGAUCCUGAGCUGACUGAAGUUAAGUGUGUCUACACAGUGCUUAUGCAUUGUCAUAAAUAUUUGGCGCUUCGCGAUGAGGUUUAUUGUCAGUUGAUGAAACAGACGACUGCCAAUCGCUCUCCGUGUCCGGACUCUGCGCAGCGUGCAUGGCGUCUGCUAAGCAUUUUAGCAGCCUACUUUGGAUGCUCCGAUGCGCUACGCCCCUACCUAAUGGAACACUUGACUUCGGCCGCUUCGGAUCGGAGGCGUUCUUGUCACGGUACAGCAGCGGUUUGUUUAGCUAAUCUGCGUAAAACGGCGCGAUGUGGCGGUCGGAAGAACGUUCCAAGUGUAGAAGAAGUUACUGCUGUAUCUGCUGGACGUUCAGCACGUCGUCAAAUUUAUCGCCUGCCAGGAGGGGCGGAACGUGUCGUCAACACUCGUUGUUCAACAGUGGUCGCUGACGUCAUUGCCGAACUUUGUGCGCUGCUUAGCGUGGAAUCCGAGGCUGAGCAGCAGGAGUUUUCUUUAUACUGUAUUGUACAAGGCGACGCCUUUACGAUGCCCCUCGCUGCGGACGAGUAUAUAUUAGACGUUACAACGGAGCUCCUUAAAUCCGGCCAGCCAUUCUACUUGAUAUUCUGUCGCUCAGUUUGGCAUUUCCCUCUAAAACGUGAUCCUGCACCAACGCCUCUCUAUGUGGAGGUGCUUUUCAAUCAAGUGGCGCCAGAUUACCUAGAGGGUCUGCUAUUGGAAAUACCUAGCAAUGGAGUGCCUAUUCCAGAGAUUGUGCGCGACAUGGCCCGUAUAGCUGCGCUGCUUCAUCGCGCCGCUGAUCUAACACAUGUUCCGGCUAUGAAAGAAAUUAAAUUCCUUCUGCCUAAACCGGCGCUCGGCAUUCGCGAAAUUCGUCCGGCGCAAUGGGUGGGGUUAGUGCAAUCUGCCUGGCCUCAAAUUGCUGGCUUGACGCCGGGCCAAGUGAAGGCACAAUUUCUUACGGUGCUGUCGGCGUGGCCCUUGUUCGGCAGUAGUUUCUUUGCAGUGAAACGCAUUUGGGCCGAGGAGGGACCACAUGUCGAAGACACCAAUCCAAUGUGGCGUGAUCUGAUACUGGCCUUAAAUAGACGUGGUGUGCUAUUCCUGGAUCCAAACACGCAUGAAACGCUACAGCACUGGCCAUUCAUGGAAGUAAUUUCCACCCGCAAGGUUCGAUCGGAGGACGGUGCUCUCUUUCUGGACAUGAAAGUUGGUAAUCUCAUGCAGCAGCGAGUAAUACGGGUCCAGACUGAGCAAGCGCACGAGAUAUCACGACUCGUACGCCAAUAUAUAACAAUGGCACAAAUAAGCCAGAGGGACAAACGGGAAAUGAAUUGAAAUCCAUUAAGAGUAUAAAUUAUUUAAUAUCGUUGAUUCUUUACACAUAUGUACAUACAUAAAUGUAUACACAUGCGUGUACCAUGGUUAUAAGUUUUAUAUACAUAUGUAUGUAUACAUGCAUGUAUAUAUCGAGGGCUUAUAUUCAAUAUCCUCUAACUGCACUUUUCACAACAAUGAGAUUCAGAUAGAAAGAUCCACCUAAGACUUGAUAUUAGGUGUGUAUAGUAGCUUCUCUAGUAAAAAAUUGCAGCUAGAGCGUAAACGCAAAAUGGAGCGUAAAAUUGAGAAAAAGAGCAGAAAAAGUUAUUGAACA